AUGUCACCAGUCCCCCCCCCUGACGCGCACGAAAGGAUCAUUGACUCAUUCUCCAACUCUUGGAUUCUGAAGGGCACCACCCUAACCCCCACCGCCAGUUGUCUCCAGUCCCUAUGCAGUUUCUGCGAGUCACGAAACGAACCUGACACCCUCAUAACUUUCCGCUUACCCGCCCCGGCACCCCCGCUCUUCAUCCACAAGUCGCGCUUGCUUCACGCGGGCGGCCCGUUGGCCGUCCUCGUCUCGGCAAACUUCCGCGAGAGUGCCGAGCGCCUCGUCGAACUGUCAGAUGAGGAUGACCCGGACUCCUUUGCUGCUAUUCGAGCCUUUCUGUAUGCCUGCCCGGUAGAGCUUGAUGACCGAAAACAUGGCGCUGUCUUUCGCAUAGCCGCAGCGGCUCAUAGAUGGCAGCUGCACGACUUGCUUCAAGGCAUCUGCGCGUAUGUCGUUGCCUUUAACCUUCUAGAUGACGAGGAAGCUCUUCUCUGCGCGGUCCCUGUUGUCGCCUUACCUGCCGUGGCACCUUCAUUUGUCGAGGUCUUCUGGAACCUUGUGGGCGUCUCCUUUUCGCGAUUCGCCAUGGUCCACACGGAAGCAAGCCACGCCGACGCCGGCGAGGAGCAUUUCAACGUCCGGGAGUGUCCCGGUUUCCCUGGAAUCUGGGAUCUAGCGCUGUCACAGUCUGCGCUGCCGACGCUGUUGCGCGCCUUAACGAAAACGAGGAACCAGGACAUACAAGCGCAGCUGCUGGACAUGUUGAUGCGCGAUCUGGAACCGCGCAUUGACGACGACGACACGACGCUCAAGCUACUCGAGAUGGUACGUCCCAUGUCGUUGCGCCAGCGCUACCUACUGGACGGCGCGAGGGACGCGCGUGAAGACUGCUCGCUACGCGCGCACCGGCUGCUGGCUAGGUCGCUUUUGGAGCCGUCGCAUGGCAGGUAUGAGAUGUCGUUUUCUUGGAUGGUGAACGUAUGGUCCAUCAUGCCGCGUUCCGAGUACUAUCUGUUUGGACCGGCUGGGACGAAUAGGAAAUCGUUGGAAGCAGAUUCGGAGGAAUGGAGGAGUCCGCAGAAGUUUUACGCUCAUUCGGCCAUACACCUGAUAGUGACGACGGAGGCACGGCCUCCCGUGGACAUGACGGUGACGGUGGAGCUGAGGGCUGGCGUGCUGCUUUCGCAGGAGUACAAGUAUUUGGAGAUUAUCAUGAGGAUUUUGGACGACAAAGAGUGUGUCUGCUGGGGCAAGAUGGGGCGAAAGCGGGGGGAGGUUUUAUAUAGAUUGGAAGAGACGGUCUGUUUGCCUGUGCGUGGCGAGAGGAAGGUGAAGUUUCAGAGAAACAUUGGGGAGGGCAUCUUCAAGAGGUUGCACGAAGCGCACAAAGCGUGGCGCCAGUGUCCCGUCGAAGUAGAGUUUAGCACGCGGGUGCUGCUGGAUGCGUGGCCCGAACCGGGGCCCGGAGGAGUUGAGUGA